AUGGACACCCUCUCUAGUUCGAAGACGAUAUCCUUCACUGUUACCCACCGAGGGGUGACACAUCAUUUCUCCCAGCCUUUCGACUGCUCUCUUGUCGACUUCCAAGCACAACUGGAAGAGCUUUUCGGUGUUCCCCCAUCGCUGCAGAAGUUGUUGUACAAAGGGAAGAAGACGACUUCUGACGAUAUAACCCUUGCUCAAGCUGGGUUCAAGAAUGGGGUGAAGAUACAGAUGCUUGGAACGACGACGCAGGAACUGGAUGGGAUGAAGUUAGUGGAAGAUGAGCGGCGGCGGCGAGAGCGGAUCUUGAGAGAGAGAGCCUUGAAGACUCCAGUCAAGCUUCGUUCAACAGGUACGGGCGGAAGGAUGAUUUCGACCUUGUCAUCGCCUGCCACACCAGCCUCGUCACCGUACCGCUUCCACGAGAUCAAACCCCUCGAACACCUUCCCAAUCCUUCUACGGCACGCGAAUUUUUGACAAGGCUCUCUGACGACCUAGCCAUCCAACAUGUCAUGCGAAAGCAUGAGUUUAGCGUUGGAGAGCUCACAGAGCUUGCCCCGCACGAAAAUCCGGAACUCCUAGGGCUUAAUGUCAACAAGGGGCAGCAAAUUAAAUUACGCAUACGAACUGAUCGAUAUGACGGGUUCAGACUAUACCAGGACGUCAGGCGCGUGCUCUGUCAUGAGCUAGCGCACAACAUCUGGGGAGAUCAUGAUAAUAACUUCAAAGAGCUGAACUCCAAACUGAACCGCGAAGUCGCUGAAUUCGAGCGUUUGGCAGUGGAAGGGACGCACACACUCUCUGGCUCGUUCCCAGGUGAUGUUUAUAUGCCACCAUCAGAGGUGGGGGCAGAUACUGGAUAUGUUCUUGGGAAGGACAGUGAACCUUCCGGCUCGACUGUAGAUGAGUCAAUGGAGGAAAGACGGAGAAAAGUUCUAGAAGCAACUAUGAAUCGACUAAGGAAGGAGGAGGAGGAGGAGUUAGAACAUUGCUGUGGGACAGGGCAAGGUUAG